UUUAGAGUCUGUUUUGUGGGACCCCGUUCUCACACCUAACCACGCCUGACACUUUCCAGCAGUAGUAACAAACUCUCAAAAUUUCCCUCCUCUUCUCCCUUCACCUUCAUCUUCUAUUUUUCUCUGUUUUCUCAUUAUUACUAUUAUUAUUAUUAUUAUUGAUUUUAUACGGUGUUUGUAAUUGCUGAGCCUUUCCGGUUUCUAUAAUUGAACCAUGGAUUUUGAGGCUUGUGUUAAGCCGAAAUUUUGUGGUGGUGAUGAUGAUGAUGGGAAUUUACAUGUUAAAUAUCUCACUUCUGAUGUGAUGGAACCUGUUUUUUGUGACGAUGACUUUGAUUUGAAAGAUGAUGAUGACGAUGUUCUUUUGUCAACAAGGAUUCCUCGGAUUGCGAGUUUGGGAAAAUGUAGUAAUAAACGUGAUGUGUUUGUUAAAAGGCUAUUUGAUGAUAGCGAUUCCUUGCAUUUUAAAGUUAAGAAAUCAAAGGUGUCAAUGUAUGAUGAUCACGAUAAAGGUGAAGAUGAUAUUCAUUUGUCGGAUAAAAUUGUAAGGCCGGUAAAAUCAUCUGAUAAGUCAUUUUCUUCUCUGAAGAAAGACCUUGCAUUGUUAGAAAAAUUAUUUGAGGAAGGAAAAAGGAAGACGCGAGUAGAAGAGAAGAGAUUGCAGUCCAUAAAGAGAGAGAUUGAGGAGUGCUGCAAAGAGCUUGAAAAUAAUAAUAAGAAAGUUAGUUGCGUUAAAGAAGCUCACAGCAAAAUGCAGGGGAAAAUUGAAGAAUGUAUCAAGGAUUUUGUAGUGAAGGAAGGAAAGCUCUAUUUGAUGGAGGACUUGAUUGGAGAGCGCACACAAGAACUCAAGACGAAAGAGAUAGUACUUAAUCAAGUCAAGGGUAACAUUUCAAAAGAAAUUGAACUUCGUCAAGUCAUUGAUAAAAUUGAUAAGGAAUGUGGAAGGAAGGAAGGGGAACUCAAGGCUCUUUCCCAAAAAAUUGCUGAAUGUACUUUGGAACUUAAGGCUAAAGAGAAGGACCUGCAUGAAAUGAACAAAUUAAUUGGCGGACAAACAGAAAAAUUCGAGUCUGAAAAGAAGAAGUUACUACAGGUAAUGUCAAUAAUGAAGGAUGAUCAUGCUCAAAUGAAGGUAUUUGAGUCAAUGAAGAUGCGAUUUGAAGGUCAGAUUAAGGAAUUUGAGUCAAAAGAGAAGCGGUAUGAAAGCCGAGUGAAGGAGCUUGAAUCUGAUAAGAAGCAUUUCAAAAUCCAAGUGGAGAAGGUCAUAUCAAAAGUGAAACAAAUGAAAGAACGAGUUAGGGAACUUGAGUCUAAAGAGAGGCUGUUUGAUGGCCGGUUGAAGGAGUUUAAAUCACAAGAGGAUGAAUUUGAAGGCCGGGUGAAGAAGUUUGAAUCAAAAGAGUAUGAAUUUGAAGGCCGGGUGAAAGAGUUGGAGUCAGAAAAGAAGCAUUUCACGAGUCAAGCAAUGGAGCUCGAAUCAAAAGAAAAUCAAUUUGACAGAAAAAUGAAGGAGGUUAAAUCAAAAGAGAAGGAACUUGAAGGUCGAUUGAAGGACAUUAAGUCAAGAGAGGAGGAAAUUGAAUGCCAAGUGAAGGACAUUAAAUUAAAGGAGGAGGAACUUGAAGGCCGAGUUAUGGAGCUCGAAUCAAAAGAGGAUGAAUUUGAAGGCCGAGUGAAGGUGUUUGAGUCUACAAAAAAGCAACUUGAAGGAAAAGUAAAGGCGAUGGAAUCUAUAAAAAAGCAGUUUGAAAGACGAUUCAAUGAGUUAGAGUCAAAAGAGAACAUACUUGUAGGCCGGGUGAAGGAGUUUGAAUCCAAAAAGAAAGAAUUUGAAUUGCCCCUGAAGGAGUUGGUAAAGAAACUGGAAUCAAAACAGAAGCAUUUCAACAACGGAAUGGAGGUGCUUGAGUCUAUAGAGCAACUUGAAGGCAAAGUACUUGAAUCAAAAGAGAGAGAACUUGAAGACCAUGUGAAGGACCUUAAAUCAAAAGAGGAGGACCUUGAAGGUCGAGUGAAGGACAUUAAAUUAAAGGAGGAGGAGCUUGAUGGUCGAGUUAAGGAGUUUGAAUCAAAUAAGAAGCAUUUUGAAAGCCAAUUUCAAAACUUCAAAUCAAAAGAGAAGCAAUUUGAAGGAUUGUGGAAAGAACUUGAAUUAAAAGAGAAUAAGUUCAAAUUAAAGGUUAAGGAGCUCACUUUAAAAGAGAAGCAGUUUGGAGGACAAGUCAAUGAUCUUGAGUCAAAGGCGAAUAAAAUUGAUAGACAACUAAAAGAGACUAAGUUGACAGAAAAACAAUAUGAAAUAUUAUCAAAAUAUAUUGUUGAGGAAAAAGAUUCAGGAUUGCAGUUGGAUAAAUGUGAGAAAAUUGAUGGGGUUGAGUCACUUUGCAGUGAUGUUUUAGUUAAUCUGCUAGAAUCAUCAGAUCCAGCAAAACUUGUUUUGGAUAUAAUACUGAACCCCACUAUUCCACUUUGUGACUGGAAAGGAGACAAUGUUGUGAUUAUUAAUGAUAGCCGCAUCAAUCUACUAGAACAACUGAUGAGAAUCUCACCAAAUAUUAAACCCUGUGUUAGAGAAGAAGCAUUGAAGCUAGCACUUGAUUUGAAAGCUAACAUGAAAGAAAAUACUGAAAAUUCUUUGGCGAUUCUUGGUUUUCUAUUGCUUUUGUCAAUUUAUGGAUUGGUUACUUCUUUUAUCGAAGAUGAAAUUUUGGAGCUUUUUGCAUUUGUUGCUCAUCACAGGAUAGCUGUGGAGCUGUUUAGGACCCUGGGCUUUGCAAAUAAAGUUUCUGAUUUUGUUGAAAAUCUUAUCAAGAAGAAGGAAUUUGUUGGAGCUGUUAGAUUCAGUUGUGAAUAUAACUUGGCUGACAAGAAUCAACUAGUUGAUCUCUUGCAAGAACACGUCCGGAAUGCCAAACAGAUAUGUGAGACCAGUUGCCAGAACAACAACUCCAAUGAAAUCAAGGAUAAGGCGAGAGAUCGAGAAAUUGCUAGUCUGAAAACUGUUCUACGGUGCAUUUCAGAUCACGGCCUAGAACCUAAGGUUCUGUUUAACAAGGAGAUUAAAUAUCGCAUUCUUGAGCUAAAAGGAUAUCAAGGCAGUUAGUUUUCUACUGGAACAACUUAAUGCAAGAAUGUAGUAAUAGUUUGUUGGGGGAGAUAGAUACUAUUCAUGCUAAAUAUAAAAGCUUAGCUAUAUCACUAUUUGUAAAGCUGUAAAUUCUGUAUACGCUAAAAGAUCUUUGUAAUUAAACUCUGUUUCAUUUAGUCGAGUUUUUCGCAUGUAUUUGAGUUGAA